GACCUCUCACGCAUGCGCAGUAGCAGGGACGUGUUCGCCACAUUCUGGCUCUGUGGCUAUCUGGAGCCGCUAACCUCUCUGCGCUGCUGUAUCAGUCCGGCCCGUUCCAGUACCUAGUCUGUGUCUGCUCAGACCCAACUCUAGACGCGGUUCACGUUGUUAACACGGUACCGGUUCUGACCCAGAACCCGCGCUGAGUGUAAAGGCUACAGUUAGCUCGGUGUUAGCAUCGGGAGCCAGGUUAGCUUUAGCUCCGCUGCAGCACAAAUCAAAACAAACUGAAGCUAACGGCGGCUAGCAGCCAGGGAGGAGGACAACAUGGCGACAGAGGAGAAGAAACCAGAGACAGAGAACAUCAAACAGCCUUCGGCCUCGUCGGGGUCCGGCAGCAAGUCUAACCCGGCAAAACCAAACUACACAGUGAAGUUCACUUUGGCCGGACACACGAAGGCUGUUUCCUCCGUCAAGUUCAGCCCCAACGGAGAGUGGCUCGCCAGCUCCUCUGCCGACAAGCUGAUAAAGAUCUGGGGAGCGUACGAUGGAAAGUUUGAGAAAUCCAUCGUUGGACACAAACUGGGGAUCUCUGACGUCUCCUGGUCUUCAGACUCCAACCUGCUGGUCUCUGCCUCUGAUGAUAAAACACUCAAGAUCUGGGACAACAACUCUGGGAAGUGUCUGAAGACUCUGAAAGGUCACAGUAACUACGUCUUCUGCUGUAACUUCAACCCUCAGUCCAACCUGGUGGUUUCUGGAUCGUUUGAUGAGAGCGUUCGUAUCUGGGACGUGAAAACAGGAAAAUGUCUGAAGACUCUGCCGGCUCACUCUGACCCCGUCUCUGCUGUUCACUUCAACCGAGACGGCUCGCUCAUUGUCUCCAGCAGCUACGACGGACUCUGUCGGAUCUGGGACACAGCAUCAGGACAGUGUCUGAAGACUCUGAUCGACGACGACAAUCCUCCAGUGUCUUUUGUCAAGUUUUCUCCAAAUGGAAAAUACAUCCUGGCUGCUACUCUGGACAACACGUUGAAGCUGUGGGACUACAGCAAGGGAAAGUGUUUGAAGACCUACACCGGCCAUAAGAAUGAGAAGUACUGCAUCUUCGCCAACUUCUCUGUGACAGGAGGGAAGUGGAUCGUGUCAGGCUCUGAGGACAGCAUGGUUUACAUCUGGAACCUUCAGACCAAAGAGAUCGUUCAGAAACUACAAGGACACACAGACGUGGUGAUCUCCACCGCCUGUCAUCCGACAGAAAACAUCAUCGCCUCUGCCGCUCUGGAAAACGACAAAACCAUCAAACUGUGGAAGAGUGACUGUUAGACUGAAGGAGACCAGAACCAGAACCAGGACCCGGACCCAAACUGAACUGGUUUAACCGUCACACACACACAUACAGGUUUUCACUGUAAACACACAGUCUGUACGCUCACAGACCCAGAACACAGUCAGACUAGGUCCCAGAGUGUCUCAGGUCCAGACGGUUAGAAACAGGAAGUGACUCCAUGUGAUUCAUGUUUAAACAACUACAGGAAGUCCUCAGGUAGGGGGCGGAGCCUGUGUUACAUCUGACUUCCUGUUUGUUUCCUUUGUUGUGUCAGUUCAUUGCUUCCUGCUCAUUAAGAAUCAGCACUUCCUCCUCCUCCUUUCACAGUAAAAGCCUUCUGUUAGUGGAAAUCAUUUAAACUGAGAACAGGAAACAGAACUCACCUGGACUCCACCUGGAGGAACAUGUUCAUCAAAAACAGGAGGGAUAUCUGUACACUUCCUGUGCUCGUGUCAUUGAAGAAAGAAAGAAAGAACAUUUUUAUUCAGUAGAAACAGAUUCUAAUGAUCAAGAAGAUCUAGUAAAACCUGCAGGUCCAGGUCCAGGUGUUUCUCAGCAGGUACACAUCUGAAGACACCUGAGUCCUGCUGAACACAGCAGGAGAGUGUUUUAUUUAAAUCAAAGAUUCAGGAUCCAGUCUCUGAUAUUAACAAACAUCAGAAAUAAACAUUAGAGCAGGAAGGAAGAUCAGAAACACCCUGAUGACAUCAGCAGACAUGUGACUGAACAGACCAAUGAGGAUGAACCAGGAAACUGAAACACAUGGAAAAUAAGUGGAAUGACCCUUUAAAGAAAAGUAAAUCUCUGGGUUUAAAAACAUUUAAUUUCUUUCAGUAAUAAACUUUAAAAUUUAAACAGUUCAUGUUCUGAAUCAUCAGAUGAUUCGACGUCAGAUUAGUGUUGCUAGGACACAGUUUGAUUGACAGCUGGGACACGCCCACUCCUCUCUGACUCAUCAGUUGCCGUGGUAACUGUGUGUUUGUGUCUGUGCUGCGUUCACUGACUCUGUUCUGUAGGAACAUUUAACAAUACAAACUGCAGCUUCUCACCUUCAUCAUCAUCAUCACUGCUCUCAGUCCGUUUCCUGUCAGCUGACCACCAACAUCUGAACUGUUUGGAAGGAUUUUUUCAGUUAUUUGUAAAUAAAGAUUUUUGACUAUGA